AUGAGUUCCAUCUCAUCUAAUCUCGUCCGCGCCGGGCUCCCUCGCGGCAUUCGAAUUACUACCGUUUCAACGCCGUACCAGCACCGAUCCAUCUCGUGGAUGCCCUGGGAACAACCCAACCCGAAGCUUUACAUAGACCAAUCCGACCCGGUCUACAACCUGCCGCCUCCGGAGGACCCUGCCAAGAAGACUGACGCUGGAGCCGAAGCCAAGAAGUCUCACGCAGACACCACCGGCACCCAAGACGUGCGCAAGGCCGGCGAGGCCGCCGUCGCUCCAGGCACCGCGGCCGUCGGAGCAGGAGGCAAACAAGAAGUCUCGACAUCCGGCAAGACGGUGCCGACCUCCAUCCAAGCGGGCAGCCUCCGCAUCCCCUCCACCCAGACGCGCAGCAUGCACACGGCAAGCGGCGGCACUCCCUCCAGCGCGCCCGCACUCCUUUACCUCCCCACAACCCUCCUGCGCAUCCCAGGCAUGCCCUCGACCUGGCCCGGCGAGUCCCCCCAGUCGCCCGACCAGCCGCGCAUCCGCAAGCGCCGGAUGGAGGUAAUCCACGAGUUCAGCAGCAAGCCUCAGCAGCUCAUCCGCGCCGCUGCCGCCAUCACCACCACCGCCUCCGGCUCUCCUUCCGAGGACAACAAGUCCACGCGCCAGGUGCUCGAGACCCUGGGCGACAUGACGUCUGCGUCGCCGCAGACCUACAACGAAGACGACAACGGCGAUGACGGCGACUUGGACCCGAACACGUCGCUCAGCUUCGAGAAGGCGGUGGCACGCUACAUGGAGGGCGUCAAGGCGCGCGAGGAGGCGCUCGCUGUCGCCGACCAGUCUGGCGACCCGGCUGUCAGCCGCCAGGUCCUGGACGAGGUGGAGCGCAACCAGUGGCGUCGCGUCGUCUGGGCUGCGCUGGAGAAUCUGCCUAAGCUGCCUCCCGAGAGCGACGAGAGUGGUAAGGGCAAGGAUACUGCGGGACAGGGUAAGGAUGCUAAGGGAAAGGGCAAAGGACGCGCUUAG